UACAAAGCCGUAAAGGCUUAGGUUACACCCUACUAGCCACUAAGUGGAAGAGGUCUGACAGGAGCAGCCCUUGGCAGUCAUUUAGAAGCAAUCCUCAGCCAUAACACAGCUAGACAAUGGGCAAGAAGAGUCGGGUGAAGACUCAGAAGUCUGGCACAGGGGCCACAGCGUUGGUGUCCCCCAAAGAGAUGAUGAACUUGAUCUCAGAACUUCUGCAGAAAUGCAGCGGCUCCGCCCCCUCCACGGGCAAGGAAUGGGAGGAGUAUGUCCAGAUCCGUGCCUUGGUGGAGAAGAUCCGAAAGAAGCAGAAAGGGGUCUCCGUAGCGUUCGAGGGCAGCAGGGAGGAGCACUUCCCCGAGCUCAUGGCCUGGGCUGCAGAAUGCGGCGCGUCCUGCAGUGGCUUCGAGAUCGCCAAGUUCGGGGGCGAAGGCUACGGCCUCCGAGCCACCCGCGACAUCAAGGCAGAGGAGCUCUUCCUUUGGAUUCCCAGGAAAAUGCUCAUGACCGUGGAGUCGGCCAAAAACUCGAUCCUGGGCCCCCUGUACGGCCAGGACCGGAUCCUGCAGGCCAUGGGCAAUGUGACGCUGGCACUGCACCUGCUCUGUGAGAGGGCUGACCCCGCCUCCCCCUGGCUACCCUACAUCAAGACUCUGCCCGCCGAAUACGACACCCCCCUCUACUUCGAGGAGGAGGAGGUGCGCCACCUGCUGGCUACCCAGGCCAUUCAGGACGUGCUCAGCCAGUACAAGAACACGGCUCGCCAGUACGCCUACUUCUACAAAGUGCUCCACACUCAUCCGAACGCGAGCAAGCUGCCCCUGAAGGAUGCCUUCACCUUUGACGACUACAGGUGGGCCGUCUCGUCUGUGAUGACGCGUCAGAACCAGAUCCCUACCGAGGACGGCAGCAGGGUUACCCUGGCGCUGAUUCCGCUCUGGGACAUGUGUAACCACACCAACGGCCUGAUUACGACCGGCUACAACUUGGAAGAUGACCGAUGCGAAUGUGUUGCUCUCCAGGACUAUAAGGAGAAUGAGCAGAUCUACAUAUUCUACGGGACACGGUCCAACGCCGAGUUUGUGAUCCACAACGGCUUCUUCUUCGAGGAUAACGCACACGACCGGGUGAAGAUCAAGCUGGGUGUGAGCAAGAGCGAGCGGCUGUACGCCAUGAAAGCCGAGGUGCUGGCCCGAGCUGGGAUCCCCGCGUCCAGCGUCUUUGCCCUGCAUCGCAGCGAGCCUCCCAUAUCCGCCCAGCUCCUGGCGUUCCUGCGGGUCUUCUGCAUGACGGAAGAGGAGCUCAAGGACUACCUGGUGGGUGAGCAUGCCAUCAACAAGAUCUUCACGCUGGGUAACGCGGAGUUCCCCGUCAGCUGGGAGAACGAAACCAAGCUGUGGACCUUCCUGGAGACGAGAGCCGCGCUGCUCCUCAAAACGUACAAGACCACGGCCGAGGAGGACCGCUGCUUGCUGCAGCAGAGCGACCUGUCCCCACACGCCCGCAUGGCCGUCCUCCUGCGCCUGGCCGAGAAGGAGAUCCUGGAACGGGCGGCGGCCAGCGGGCGAACCAAGCGCCUGCACUGCCAGGAGCAGCUGGAAGGGGGCGCCGCACUCCCCCUGUACGAGGAGACCGACGCAGCGCUGCUGGAUGGCGCCGGCGCCAAGCUGCCCAUAGUCCUGCGCAAGCUGGAGGAGGGAGACGAGGAGGCGGAGCUCGGGACCGCCCACGCCCCCGUGCUGGCCGCCCACGGGACGCCGCUCCUCAACGGGGAGAGCGGGGAGCCCGGCAGCGGCCGGGCGUGCACCCAGCUGGAGGAUGGGAAGGAGGCGGCAGGGGAGAACGGGGAAGCUUCCGCACAGGGAGACGAGGCGAGCGCCCAACGAACUGGAGCCACGGCCAAAGCCAACGGGGAGUAGAGGGUGUGCACGGCGUCGCACACUCAUGCCCUCCGCUGCUUAUUUAUUUUGGUUUUAAGUGACUGAGAGAAACGGAAGUGAAAACAAUCGAAACUAAAAAGGCAGAAAAUUUCACCCUUUAUUUAUGUCUUUGGCUGGUUUUUUUUGUUGUUUUUUUUUGUUUGUUUUUUUCUUUCUCCUUUUUUAUAUAUAUAUAUAUAUAUAGAUAUCUCCUGCAGCCUUUAGUAUAACCAGCAGGGGCUAAGCUUUCUGAGGGAGACGUCUGCUGAUCCAUCCCAUGUAUUCGAGGUUUUAAUGGUGCCACACUGGUGCGUUUUUUUUGUUUGUUUUGUUUUGUUUUUUAUAAAUAUAUUUUACAUUUUUUUUAAGUUAGUUUGUUGCUGUGUCUCUCCCCCACCCCCACCCCUUUAAAGCAGGCGGCUCAUCCUACCCAGCUAAAGAAGGACUUGGAGACCCCGGGAACUCUGUGAUGUAACCCCUCGUGUUCAGACUGUGAUUCUGCUGAGUCUUGUCGGUGGAUUUAAUGAACCCGCCUUCCAGGAGACGGCCAGUGCACGUUUGCAGGAGUCAGACGGACUUGGUGAAUUGGUCAGGGCUGGGGUUGUGGUUUUGGGUUUGGGCUCCUCCCAUCCGAACCACCACCUGGGCUCAUUCGUGUUGCUCCUAACGGAGACCCGCUGUUUACUGCUUCACUGUAGGCUACGUCAGGAAAACGCUCGGCGUUGGUGUGCGUUGCUAGACAAUCGUUAUUGUUAUUUAUUUUUUUUAACCCCCCCCCCCCCCUCACAUUUUUACACUGAUCUGUUUGGAGAAGUUUCCUGUUAUCAUCACUGGAGGAGUGCUGAAGUUUCCAAAGGGACGUUUGCCCAGAACUAGAAGCUGAGAGAUAUUUGUGAAACUGAGGUGUACUUUGGGAACAUUUCCCAUAUUUUUUAAAGUGAUAACAAGCUAUGGAUUGCUUGUGGGUACAUGUGGGUACUGGGAAGUACUUUCUCUGAAUGUAGCCUGAAAUGUGUUUUCAUGUUCAACAGGUGUAAUACAUGGUAAUAUGCUUGAGGACCAUGUCCAUUGCUGGAAACAUGGAAAAGAGGUCAUGGUCCAUCCUUCUCAGCGUAUUCUGGAUGUUGGGUUCCGUCGUAAGCAAGGCCCGUUACGGUUGCAUUUCUGCUCUAUCUGGUCAUCUUUAAGCCUUGGGCACCGUCAUUUUUAGCCUGUCUCCUGAAAUGCGCUUUUACGAGGUGAUGUUACAAGAAGUCACAUUUACAACACUGUUGUUGGUGUUGUUGUUGUUGUUGUUGUUGGUGUUAUUGUUAUUAUUAUUAACAAUACAUUUUAUCUAAUUUCAUACCCUUUAAAAUGCAGUUCAGUUCUUUACAGUACAUGUUAUAACACACAGGUAAACAAGUUACAUGAUAAAUGAUAAAAUGUAUUUAAUUGGAAGCAGAAAGUAGCAUAAUAUAAAAUAUAGUGUAAUUCUUAAAUUACUAAAAUAAAUUUAAAAAGGUUAAUGCUAAUAUAAAAACUACUGGGCAGUACUGAGUUCCCUGUCAAGGAAAAACAAACAAACCAGAACCUUACUUCAUCAGUUUAUUAGUGCUAAUUCUUUUUGUUUCAUUAAGUUAAAACUUGAUCUUGUUUUGGAACAUCGAGGUUGUCAGGCAAAAAGACAUGUAUGAAGGUGCUAAGCCAUAAAGAAAAAUGAAUAAAAGGGUUCAAACAAAACG